CGCCAGUGGCGCUUUCCUUAUUCAUUUAUAGGACAACCAACAAAAAUCUUUUGCCUGUUAGGCAUUAAGUACUUUAAAUCCAGACACAAAAAGCAAAUGGAAAGCUGUGCGCUGACACAGCAAAAAGAUGCCGGCGUUGCGGCUGAAAAGCAACAAGUGCAGAUGGAACUCUUCACAUCGCACAUGGCCCAACUGGAUGCGGGCACUUUGCAGUGUACGUUGCGUGUCCUCAAGAUGAACGGCAGCACGAUGAUCUUCCUCAGUGGCAAGGAAUCGGAGCGUUUGGAUGAGUUCGCCGUCGCGAUGCCGGCCCGUCCGCCCUGCAAACAGAUUGUGGCCACCACAUUUAUGGGCUCCAGUGGGCAUAGUGAUUCCCUUGUGCUGGCCACAAAAUUGAGCACACGCUACGGCCGACAGUUUUACGUUAGCUUCAAUCUCGCAUUGGAUGCGAUGACGCGUCCACUAUUUGAAAAGGCGCUCGUCGAUUACAUGCAACAAAAUCUGAAGUUGUUCGUGUGAGGCGGCAUAGUUUCCACCUAAUUUGUAUGUAUUUAUAAUUAUGAUUAAAAACGACUCGAAAGCAAAUGUAAAUCCUCUGAUCAUUGUA